CUCCCUCUGCUCUGCCAAAAUCUGUCACCAUUCCUGCUAAUUCAGUGUUCUCCUCCCCCUUCCACUUUUUUCAGAUAAGUAGUCUCUACAACUCCUAUAUAACACUACACUUUGUAUCAUCACCACAUAUUCACACAUUCCUUCUUAAUCUCCAAAGAGCUCGAGAGAAAAAUGGCGGACCCCAGCCUAGUUUAUGAUUUCUUUAACCAGUCGUCUAAUUCCACUGCCGCCACAGAGAUGGUGAUUUCUGAUAUCAAUGUUCUGGAUGAUCAACACCCACACAUCCCAAAACCUAAACCAAAGGUUCCAUCUUCAAGAAUGUUUUCUUGCCUCUACUGUUCUCGCAAGUUUUGCACUUCUCAAGCUCUAGGUGGACACCAAAAUGCUCACAAACGUGAAAGAGCCGCUUCUCGUCGUACUAUGUUCUCCACCACUGACUCCGACCGUAAUAAUAACAUGGUACGCUUCCAUUUUGUUCAGAACAACAACGACAAGAUGGAGCCCACUAUGAUGCCUGAACAAAACAUCAUGGACAAUGGUAACACUAAUUCCCCUUUCACUAAUUACUGCUGUCUCCAAGCACCACCUUCAAACAAUAACAACUUUAACCCUUUCUCUUCCACCUCUGACGGGUUUUAUGCUCCUCCUCCACCGAAUCUCGGACAUCAUGUUUAUUUUAGUACUGGUGAUGCUGCUACUCUUUCGACUCCACAGGAUUUGUCUUCCUUUGAUGAACGCCAACUCGACCUUACUCUUCGUUUGUAGGAGAAACUGGGUAUUGUGGGCUGCUCUGUGUUUUUGUUUUUUUCCUUUUCUGGUCUUAGUUAGAGGAAAAUUUUCAGGGGUAUUCGAGUUUUUUCCCCUUCUUUUUAGUAUAGCCAGCAACUGAAGCAGUCAGGCGUCAGAUCUAGUGUAUUGCUCCACUACUAGCUAGGUACUAAAAGUAGAGUCUUAAUUCCAUGUAGUUCAGAACUCUUUUACAGAGAUGAUAUGGUCUGCUCAUUUCAUGUUUAAGUUUUACAUGUACUUAUCCUUAAGCAAUUA